AUGUCUCGCCGCUUGAACUCCACACGGCGCAGUGGUAGACAGGAGCAGCAGCAGCCGGAGGAGCAGCAAGGGCCGUUGCAAGGCCGGGUCGAGGAAAACGGUACUCUCGAACCGAUGGAUGGAUUCUCUGAAUACGAGAUAGAGCGGCGGCGCACGAUGGAGCGGAACCACCGCAGGCUGCAAGAACUCGGCCUGGUGGGGAGAGAAACGGUUGUAAUGGUGAGACCCAUCGCGAAGCCACCAAGGAGGGGCUCGGGAGCAGCGUCGGCGUCAGGAGCAGCUGCAGCAACUGUUGGUGUGCGAAAGUCCUUGCGUACGCGAAAUAAACCUGCCCCCGUCUACACGGAACAUGCCGUUGGUUUCAACGAUGAAGGCGAUCGUGGACAAAAGCGACGGAGGCUUUCGCCCGUGAAGGGGCGGCAGGGGUGGGAACAGGCCUCGCUGUCUACUCCGACUGCUGUUCCUCCUACGCCCGCCCGUCGAAGUGCCCCAAAGCCCUUGCCUCCGAAUAGCAGCAGGAAUCUGGAGUGCAAUAUCCCGAUGCUAAUGGAGCGAUAUCUAGGUAGACAAUUCCCUUCUUUCGGCAAAGCCCCUGUCAUGGAGCUGUCUACCAAGACGUGCCCUCCGAAAUUCAGCAGAAUGUCUGGCGUAACGGAGUGGAAAAACGCCGUGUUUCUCUGGGUGAACGUGGACGGGGCAACAGGCUACACGAACCUCUUCGAAGCGGAUAAGUUGCCGGAGGCGGCAGACGAUGCCGAGAGCACAAAGAACGGCGGUGACAUCGCCGAUAAGAGCCGGCGAGAAGUGCCGGCGACGGGCAGCAAGAAACCGGUGAUCGGAGGGGUUGCCGACAAUCAAUUACAGCGCGAUCAGAAGGCAACGGCCACUGUUGGCGCUGCAACCGCUGCAGCCUGUCGGCGCCCCACAUCGCCGCGAUCGGUGAAAGCGCCGUCCAUACGAGGCGGUAGCGGUAUCAUGGCUGGAAAUGAUGACACCGCUGCUGUCGGCAAUUUUGCUGGUGAUGGCGGGCGUGAUGAUGUGGUCUGGGGUGAUUGUGGUGGUGCCACUUGCGGCCGAUCCACGGGGCUCAGGAUGACGUGGUUCGCUGGAGGGCGCAUGACGGCAGAGUCGGCCCUCAUCCAAAGAUUGCUGGCCGGAGGAGACCCACCGGAGACUGAGGAUCAGCCGAGCAAGGCAGUCGACGCUGACGCUAGUUCUGAAACGACGAUGUCGACGAGGGCACCAGCAGCAUGUGGUCGAGAUUUGGAGCAAAAUGGACACGACUCUGGUUCAGCAGUAGCAAUGCCAGUCAUAAGCGAAGCAGAGGGCGAAAUGAACAUCGGCACUGCGCACGCACCGUGUCCAAAUCCACAAGCCGACGUCGAAGGCUUCGAAGCGAAAUCAGCUGAAACCACCGCCGCAGUGGCCGAACAUGGUGCACUCCAGGGGGCGAUCUUGCGGGCUUCGGCAUCUUCCGGUGAUGGUGUGGAAGGCGGUGGCGGGAAAAGUUGCGACGUGGUGCUUCUAUUUUGCCGACUCCCGAACGAGCCGUACGUGUUCUGCGGACGGCUGGGAUAUUCGAAGCACUGGGCCGGUGAGCGGCCAGUUCGAUUCGUUUGGCGGCUGAUAGAUGCCGCGGGGUUGACGAAGCAGCCUGACUUCAAAGCCAUUUUGGAGGCGGCAGGCAUUGGAAGUGCCGACCCGUCGUAGAACCUUAAAUGAUUAAAGUACGGUGAAUGUUAUAGCGGAACCCUUCGCGACCAUCACUGGAAACGGCGAAGGCAGGGUUGUCCCUGCUGCCAUUUGUUGUUCGCCACGUGUGUCCUUCUGCGAUACUGCCUCGGAACGUACAUCGUUGUAUGUACGUUAACCAGCUCCGAACGACCAGCAUCUGGAUGUUUGCUGUUCGAGCCGCACUUUAGUCAAAGAGAUAUAGAUACGGGCCUCGGUAGAUAGGCAUUGUUUCGUAUGUGUCCUGAUUUUGCCAACUAGGUGGCUCAAGUUGUUCGGGUAGAGUUCGUCCUCGUACGUAUGGUCAUGAUGGUCAUGGGGCGUGCCCAAGAGGUGGGGGGAAUUGGUAUCUGUGUUAAUUGUCAACACGGUGUGUAAUACGAAGUCCCGGGCAUAGGAACUCAUUCAAGCUUGACGGCAGACACGUGAACCUUUGAGGCGGCUUUUGGUACGUGGACAUGAUUACUGGUACUAUCAAACGCGUCUGAUUAGAGCAUCCCGCUGUCGUUGAGUACUUCGACGCUCCUUUGCCGUUGAAUCUAAGGUCACCGGGAAGGCGCAAGCACCAGUGCU